AUGACCCAAUCCUCACUUUCAGAGUUCCUCUCCGACGCGCCCGCCCCUUUUCGCCCAGAGGUCGAAAUAUAUAAAACAUCAGGUCGGGUAAUCAGAUAUGGAAGUGAGAAUUACUUGUCGGGCCUUCCAACUCGUGAUGAACUAGUUGCGAGAAACAAUGGGGGCUCGACUUCAACUCUCAAUGACGAAAUAGCGAACCAUCGAGGUAUUCCAUUCAUGCCAGUUGACAUAGGAGAAGCUAAAGAAUAUUUUAAUCAAAUUCCUCAUUAUAUUCUUCGCCUCUAUGGCAAUACAAGUAUCCCUAAAUUCUGGUCUAAAGUGAAGGGCAUUCUUGCUACUGGGAAAGACAACGAGGGGAAGACCGUAAACAUGAAUCUAAUCCAGAUGGAAUGUAUAAAGGCAUAUCCUAUUCGUGGAUACUAUGCAGAAAAAAAGCCAUAUCUUCGCAUUGUCACACCUAAUAAAGAUCUAAGGUUCACCGCUCUCGAUAUUAUCUCAAGCUACAAUUCAAAGGUUGAUCCUGAAUGUAAAAUAGAGACAGCUUCAGACGAUACAGGCACAUAUUAUCGUAAAGUUGCGAGAGAGUAUAGAAUACCUUUUUCCGGGUGGGGAUUAAUAAGUGAUUAUAGAUAUAAUUUCAGUGCACCUUAUUAUGCAAAAUCCCAACAUUGUCCACAUGCAUUUUAUGUCCACAUUGAAAACUUUCGUCCUAUAGACAAUUUUGAACCAUUUUACAAAAUAUACCCAUCUUCUCUCUUUACCUAUGACCGAGCAUUAGUCCUAACAUGGGAUAUAGAAACAUACGACUUUUGUGGGUCAGGAAACUUCCCAGAAGCUAAAAAUGACACAUCUCAAGUUUUUACGAUCUGUAUGACCCUGCAUUGGAAAGAUGAUCUGAUCCCCUUAGAGCGGAUAUGUUUAGUUGAUGUAGAAACGGAACCAGACCCGCGCUGGAUUACGAUUAUAUGCGGAAACCAGACUAAUAUAAUAAAGGCGUUCGCUUUAUGUUGGAAAUCUUUUGCCCCAGACAUCGAACUUGGAUUUAAUGAUUCAGGAUACGAUUGGCCUUUCAUUGUGGAAAAGGCCACCAAAUUAAAUGUUCUCGAGUGGAUGGUCCAGCGAAUGUCGGCAAACCCGCAUAAGAAAGCUGAUGCUGAAUCUAUCCUCACUUGGAAUUAUUUUGGCGGAAAAGGGAAGCCACUAACUAAUGGUUUCUUCCGAAGGGACCAGUACGUAAAGAAAGAGGACAGAGGUCCCAAAAAAGCGUUAGGACGGGAAUCUAUCAAUAUCAAAAUCAAUCCCUCUUUGACUUUCGAAUCCUCUUUUCUUAAACUUCCGGGGUGUGUACCGAUCGAUGUUCGCGCAAGUUUUAUGCAACUUCACCCCCGCUCUGAGAAAACAUCACUAAAAUACUUCUUAGAAAAAUAUGGUCUCGAUGGUAAAGCCGAUAUGCCCAUGAGCAAAUUAUGGAAGUAUUAUUCUGAAGCGAAAGACAGGGCUUUCGACUCUUCCAAAAAACAUAUGCAUGAAAUCGUAAAUUAUUGUGUUAUAGAUGCUUUACGUUGUCAGGAGCUCAUGGUCAAAUCUAAUGUUAUAAAUGAUUACAGAGAGGUGGCCUCAAUCGCUCAUAUAUUAUUAUUCGACUCACAUUAUUAUGCUAUAGGAACGAAAGUAUCCAAUCUCUUAGGCGCUGAAGCUUGGUCGCAGGACAUUUUAUACACCACGAAAAUUUCCAAUCAGAAAGCAUCUGGGAAGUUUCCAGGAGCGUAUGUGUUCCCGCCAGAAAAGGGUCUUGAAAAUAAGCGUCCUGUCACUGGUUUAGACUUUAGAUCCUUGUAUCCUAGCAUAAUUAUGACUUACAACCUCUCACCCGAGAAGAUGGUCUCAACACUUUCGGAAGUAGAUAAGUUAAAGAGAGAGAAUAAAGUGCUUCACAGUAUCGAGUUCAAGUAUGGCGGUAAACCUGUGCGAGCCUGGACCAUACGGCAUGGAAAUAAAUCUGAUCAGGAAGGUCUAUUUACAAAAAUAUUGAAAAAUCUGCUCAAUAUACGGAAUGAAUUAAAGGCCCAACUUAAAGUUCUCGGAAAGAAAAAGGAAUAUAUGGGGAAAGUUAAAAGUAAAAUGGAUUCAGCUGGCGGAUCUUUCCUGGUAGUGAACGCAAUCAAAGAUGUUUUAUCCUCUGUAAAAAAUACUGAGAGGCACGCAGAGAUGACCAAGAUCCUAAGUCCCUUUAUUGUUCCGGAGGAGCGAUCUGAUGGAGCUGAUUUAUCAUAUGAUGAUUUUAUGAAAAAAUAUAGUUCUAUUUGUUUUGAAUACAAUUCUUUAAAUUCGAAGCAGAAGGCGAUUAAAUUAUAUAUGAAUUCGUUCUAUGGUGUGACCGGCCAAAGUGAUUUCCCGUUCUAUACACUAGCACUUGCUGGGGGUGUUACUUCAGCUGGGCGAGAGAAUAUCAAAUUCGUCGCAGAAUUCGUGAAAAAGAAGGGCUUUGGGAUAAAAUACGGGGAUACUGAUUCCCUAUAUCUCACUUGCCCAGAUUCUUAUUAUGAGAAAUGUGAUCUGGCCUACAAUAGCGGGAAAGGCACAAUUUCGAAGCUAGAGUACUGGACCGAAAUGGUCACAAUUACUAUGGGCGUAAUGGAGAAAUUGCGUAAUGAAGUAAACAGUUUUCUUAGGCUGAAAACCAGAUCGGGUUAUCUCGAAAUGGCUUAUGAAGAAGUGCUAUUCCCAGUAGUCUUCACUGGGAAGAAAAAAUAUUUUGGCACCAAGCAUGAAGAUGCAGUAAACUUCGGUCUGAAGGAUCCUUUCAUAAGAGGAAUUGAUACUGUGAAACAGGGCAAAUCCCAGCUUUUUAAAACCAUAGAGACUGAUGCAUGGAAACCCGAUAAAGACAACAAAGCCGUUCAGCGAUUUAUGGGACGAAUGCAAGGGGAAUAUGAUAGUAGGAUUCCAGUGCCAGAUGGACGCUUUAGUUAUAUAGUGGCCCACCCCGAGACCACUUUUGAUUUGCAUGGCAGAAAGUUAAAACCAACUAAAGGCGAAAAAAUGGAAUUCGCCGAUAAGUAUGAGCCAGAACCCUCAAGUCGAAUCAUGCGAAUCGAAGACCCAGAUGAGAAAUAUAAGCAAAUUGAUGACUACGCUCAAAACAAGGCCAAGUCAUGGCUUGAGGGAUUCGUAAAAGAAAAUAUCAUAGUCAAUGGUGUUACUUCCAAGAUGAUGGAAUCUCGUGAGAUUGCUUACAAGCGUGCUUACAGAACUGCGGUCAAAAAGGCACAAGAAAUGUUGUAUCAAAAGAUAGGGUACUUAUACGAAAUAUUUCAUGGUGAAUGGCUUAGCUACGAGAUUUUCAUGGUAAGUAACCCUAUCGAGGUAUUAUGGGAGAAAUUUAUGAAAUGUGCUAGGAAAAUUUCAAAAGAUAAAAACCUCUCAGUAGAUGACGAAAUGAAGAAAAAAAUAUGCUCUGACUUUGCUCGAUAUCCUAGUGAGCUUGUAAAAUGCAUUGAAGAGUAUAAUUUAUUCUUUCACAAAUUGGUCUAUCAUAUGCGUUACAAAGAGCAUGUAUCAAUUCCAGAAGAAAUCGGCCCAGUUUCAUCCAUGCGAAAAAAUGAGAUAAUUGCUGACCUACCUGCCUUACCUCAUAUAUCAGAAAUUGGGGCAUUAGACGACAUUAAUAAUUUAUGGUAUUUCCAUCUUGAGGAUAUAACUGGGUCAGAGGCGCUAGCAAAGUACUUAAAUAGAUAA